ACGUCGCGAGCUUACAAGAGGCCAUCCUCAAAGAAAAGAACCGUGUCUUUCUCCAUUGUGCGCUGCCGAAAAUUUCACUAGCAUUGAUAAAAUUGAAGAUUUCACCGUUUUCCUGUACCGUCAAACACUCUCUGGUAGUGCGAAAAUGAUGGCCAACAUUGGCCACACAGAUUCGUGGUGCAGUAUCCCGUGAAUGAGUCCGCUUAGGGCUGGAAAACUACGUUUUCCGAUAAGUUUUCUCUCGAUCGGACAGUUGGAAGAAAUUCAACUUUUUCACUUACAUUUUUUCUGCGAGGAAUAGAGCGAGAGGAGGAGGGAAAGGAAUAAGAAGAAUACGCAAGAACUGGCCCCCUUUGGAUUGUUCGAACUCGGCAAAAAAAAGAAGAAAAUUUCGUUGGAAUUUGUCCGGGACCGCUGUAAGGCAGAAAAAUCGAGGACAAUCUGGCAAAAGAAUACCGAUAACCGCUUCGAAAGCAAACCAGAGCAACGAUGUGCGAUGUCUGUGCCGGAUUUCUGAAUCUUUUGGGCUCAUACGAAUCGCGACUGACCAGCAAUGAAACCGAACAUCCCGUAUUUCUCGUUAAGCGCGAGAUUGAAAUCGUCAUCGGCUACAUCCAGUGUUGGCCUGCACGGCAGUGCAUGUGCUGCUAUCGAGAUCCGAAAAAUUUCGAACGCUUCAACUUGAUCGUGCAGGCUAUCGUUUAUUUCACUGUUUACCAAUUGAAGAACAUCCGGGUUCUCUUGGAUCGCGAGACUCGACUCGCUGAAGGACGCGAAAAAGAUGCCUCAGAUGACGAGCAAGGAAAGCCUUUCGCCGCUAGCAAAAAUCUUGAAGAAGAAGGCAGCCAAAAGGGUACCGCAGAAAGCUUGGAAGAAGCCAAGAAGGAGAAAAAAUCCGCAGAAACAUUUUUAUCAGAUGAUUGUUGGACCCUGUUGGACAUCGAAAAAUUACUGUUGCUCUCAUCGAAGGCUUUUCUACUGAAUUUUCCAUUAUAUGUAGCUUACAAGCAUGGUGUUCACGCUAGGAUGGAUGAGAUAUCCCCACAAGAGGCACAGACACUUAGCAUCUUUUGUGAUCUACAUGACAACGAAAUCCCAGCAUUUCUGCUGCGCAAUGUUUCACUGUUUUGUACUUCCGGUGGAUUUGAUGCAAUGAUAAAUUGCUUUGAUCACCCGAAUUUACCGGUUCCCAUUGCUCAUGCUAUAACUGCAGCUAUUUCAAAUCUAAAACUGUGGAUAAACUACCGCUCUAUCAUUCAACUGUUUAUACCGAUCCGAGUCAAAAUACUACAAUACAUGUGCAAGCUAUCUGAUCAGGAUCUUCGCUCUCCGGCAACCAAAUCAAUGGCUGAUUUUAUGUGGACAGCUAUCAAGGAUCCGCUAGAUUCGCAAAUAACUUUUGAUACUGAAGGAUUAGCCCUGGCUUUCAAAUAUUUUACCAGCUCGACGUUGACCAUGCGUUUAGCAGGCAUGGCUCAGAUCAAUGCGCAUAUUAAUCUAUUCAAUGAAAUUUGCACAACGGAAACAGUGGCUGAAGUUGAAGUUGUAGGUCAAAAACUAGCAGACUGGUUGUCAGAAAAUCAAAUUAUUUCGCAUCUUUUUGGUCCAAACCUUCACGUGGAGGUUAUCAAGCAAAGUCACAUCGUGUUGAACUUUUUGGCUGUCGAGAAUCAAAUCACAGAAGAUCACGUAACACUCAUCUGGCAAGCCGCACAGUUAAAGCAUUGUUCUAAGCCCAUCUACGAUAUACUGCCAUCAUUGGUUAAAAAUUUAGCACCAAGGCCAGCAUCACACCUGUACUCGCUCUUGUCCCGGUUGGAUCCCAGAGAACACACGGAGCAAUCGAUCUAUAUUGCGUCGGCCUUGACCAAACUGAUCUGGGCUCGAGAUUGUCUCACUUUAAUCGAUCUCGUCAAGAGCAACGUACAGAGAGAAGCUGCCGCAGCAGCCGUUGUAGCUGCAGCAGUUCGAGAGGCGGAACUUCCGUCCAGUUCGGAAAAUUCCGUAUCAGUUGACGGAAGCAACAGUGAGGAUGAACCCCAGGAAGAGGAUAGUUCCGAUCCCGAUAAUCCUGUAUCGGUAGCAGCAGCAGCUGGUUCCUCUGGGCAUCGAGGGCAUCGAAGCAUGGCUCAUGCUAGUUCGUCUGGUUUAUCAACAAUGGCCUUGUCUGGUGCUUCGCCUAAAACCAGUGCUGCAGCAGCAGCAGCAGCUUCUUUGAUGGAUGCCGAUGAAUCCGACUCCGGGGCUGCUGUUCCACCGCCUUGCAAACAAGCUCGACACAAAAAUUGCUGUGACGAAACCACAGAUGAUAGCAUUAAAGUAGAACCUGAUAUUUAUGACGUCGAUCAAAGGCUAAAAGAGAAAAUACGAAUUCCAUUGAUGAAUCGUGGGUUAGUGAUUGCUUCCGGUUUUAAUGAACCAACGGGUACCAGUAGUGAUGAAGAAGAUUGUUUGAACAUGAAUGAAGCUUUUACAGCAAUGCUGCGCAAAAAACGUAAGCUGUUGCGUAAAAAACGAAAAAACAUAAGCGGUCUUACGCGUAAAGAGCUUCAAGAGAUGGCAGAAAGUGUAUCGGAUGUUGAGGACAGCGACCUUUUGGCAGCGAUGCUUCCGGAUAGUGAUUGUAGUGAUUCGAAUCUGCAAAGUACAAUGCUGCGUCAUAUGGCGGUGCAUGGUGAUCCGGGAGGUCCUGAGCCAGGCACCAGUGGAGUGGGUCCAUCAAUUGGUGAAGAUGUACCACCAUUUAUGGGUGCCUUGAGCGAGGGUCAUUUGAUAAAUUUUCUGAACGCUGCAGAAAACGACGGAAGUUGUUCAUCGCCAUUGAGCAAUAAAUCAGAAAAGAACAUGGGUGAUUUCGAUGAUGAGGAUUCCCCUUGCGAAGAAGAGUUGGUGGAGUUAGCUACUAGGGCUCAGUGUCUUCAGCAGUUUCCUCUUCCCAGACCACGCUCCUUGGGUAACGGAAUGGGACACGGAUCAUCUCCACAAGCUCGCACAAAUACACCAAACCUGAUGAUGAACCGACCGCAUCAUGAAAGGCUUUCAAGUUCUGGAGGAAGUAUCAAUCAUCCAAUGACACCGAGCAUUUCCGGUAGCGGUACCCCUACUUCCUUGAGCGGGGGUAAGAGUAAACUAGGAGUACAUCAUAAUGUUAGUGGAGGAAGAACACCGCAUGCUCCUUUGAAGGAUAUCUUGCCAAUUGCUGGAACUAGUGGAAGUAGUGGAAGUGCCUGUAGUGGAGGGACCCCAACAUCUCCCAAUCUCCGAUUCCCUGAUGUUUGUCAACCUGGAAACACCCUCCUUUGGGAUUUACUGCAGGACGAUAAAAUUGGCCAGCUGGGUGAAACCUUAGCAUUGGAAGCCGAAAAAGUGCUGGGAACACUGUUAUGCUUUCACACUGAUAAAAUUAUUCGAACUCGGUUUAUCGAAGGCUGUUUACAGAACCUAGCUGAAAACAAAAGUGUAGUAACAAGUCUCAGAUUGUUGCCUAAGCUUUUUGCAUCGUUCCAGCAGUUUCGAGAUGUUACUACUCAUCACGUAGUUUUGUGGGCCGAACGGCACCAUAGAAUGAUGCACCACUUUUUCAACAAUCUCAAACAUUACACGAGCGGCGCGAACGAGGUUGUGCUAAAUCAGAAUGGAUUUCCGCUGUACGCGCAUGUAACACAAAUCCAAGUUCGAUUACAAUUUCUUUCUUCGGUGUUUAGCGAUGUAGGGUCACCAAGAAACUUCAAGCUAGCUUUGAAUCAAGUUGACACCUUGUGGAAUUGUUUGGCUAACGAUCCGGAAUGUAGUGAUUGUCUUUUCGCCUGGUUGCAAGGACAAGUCAAAGGUGGCGAUACACAUGCACUUGGCAUCAAUGCUAUCCAGCAUCUUUAUCUGAAGCGUUUAGCCGAACUCAAACCGGAAGGCAUUUCGAUGGUAGCUUUAGGGUUGUUCCAACAGUUGUUCACCCUAGGACGGGAAGAAAUCAUCAGUCAUUCUUAUGAAGGACAAGAUUCUAGUGACAUAGUAGGUAUGGAGCAUUUGUGGAAAAUAGCUUUGCGGGCUAACAAUACAGAUGUUUCGCUGACUGCGAUCCAAUACAUCAAUACUUACUACAUGGAAAAACAGCUUAAAUAUGAACAUCAGUUUGUAGCUCAGUGUAUGACCCAUUUGUCGCAAGCUGUGGAAGAUCUGAAUCGACACAGUCCUGGCUCCGAAAAUUCUUUGAUGUGUGUUCAGCGAGCUCUUAUGUUACUAAAUACGCAUUUAGAAACAUUUCGGCGAAGAUACGCCUAUCACUUACGAAGGUGGGCUUUGGAAGGGAAAGAUUUCGGUAUGCAUAGCGCUUUGCGAAGCGAAGGAGUUGGUCCUCCAAUACGCAUUGUAUUGCAGCCGGCUGGUGUUCCAGAGAAAUCAGUACUGCAUCUUCAUGCUUCUGAUUUGGUUGCUGAUUUGAAGGCAGAAAUUGGUAAAUGGUGGGAAACAGUGCAGAGUUCUGUCAAAAUAGCUCAAAAUGAGGCUGCGGCGAGAACUGGUUCGGGAGCAGUUUUGGGGUUGCUACUGAGUGAAGGACCGCUGAGAAUUAUAACUCAGGGCCAAGAAAUAACUUCUGAGUAUGAUGAACGGAGCCUAGCCGAUGUCGGGUUCAAAGAUAAUCAGAUGGUUUAUGUGUCUAUGGGCAGUCGGGGAGGGCGACGAAGGGAAAACCACGAUCACCCGUCCAUGCAAAAUCCUCCGCCAAAAGAUUGUUUACCUACGUUGCUGUUGCUCAAAAGUCCAUACUUUGAACAGCUGUUCAAGUUGAUGCAAACGUUAGGCGAUAUGAAAAUUGUAGGACCCGGGGGUCGUAUUCAGCCGAACACGAAGGCUCAAUUGUUAUCUCGUCGUGUAUGGGACAUACUAGCUAUGUUGCCAACUGCUCCGGCUUUCUUACAUGCGCUGAAAAACCUAUCUUUUGCUAAAUCUGAUUUCGAGCAAAAAACAGACUCGAUUGAAUCAGGAGAGCUCCCCAAAUAUACCUUGAAGGAAAUCCUCGAUCCACAUAAUCGGCAGAAAUUUAUGUACUCUCUUCACAUCGUGGAAAGCUUGUGUAAAUCAAAGUUUAUGAGUAGCUGUUGUACUGGUUCCGGUGGUUCAAUAAUUAACCCUGGACCGAUAGGGGUUCCAAUAGCAGCAACCUCUGGCAUGCCUGGAGGAUCACGAUCAGCCAUCACCGGAGGAGGUACAAGUGCCAAAAGUUUAGCCGUGAAAAAUCAACUUAAGCUUAAAAUUUCUACUUCAAAAUCCAUAAAAAUGCAGAAUCAAAAAAUAGCUAAGCAACAACAGUUAUUGGAAGAGAUCUCGGGGUGCAGUGAAAUACUAUCGGAGGCUAGUUCCAGCAGAAAGCAAUCGCCAACAACUAGCGCGGACAAACAAAUGGAUCUAACAGGUGAUUGUGAAGGGAAAAGCAGUUCUAGCGAAACAGAAAUCAAGGAAAAGAAAACAGACAGAGAAUCAUCGUACAGAGAAAUCGAAAAUAAAGAAGACAAAGCAGAGGAAGAGCAACUUAAAAACUUUAGAGAAGCAGAGUUCGCCAAUCGAAACCAACCAGAUCAACAAACGAUGAACCCACAUUCGAGCAAUCAGCUGGAAAUGGUAAACACGUCAAAUGCGUCUGUUGAGUGGAGUGAGCAGUUUAUCAAAUGCGGUGGACUUUUGCAUUUAUACGAAAUUUUCAUAUCGGGAGUGUUACAAAAGCACAUCAACACCAAAGACGGAGACGAUCUUAAUGAAUGGCGCCAUGACUGUUUGGCCAGUUUGCUGAGAAUACUUUGCUUGUUGGGCAUGGAAGAAUUUAAACCAGAGAGUGAAAACGCCAUUAUAAUUCCUAAACUGAAUCGUCAUAUGCUUACAAUGAUGGAAGUACGCCCAACCCUGGAAAGAAUAGCCGUCGUUCUGAAUGAAGAGUCCUAUCCACUGAGCCCUCAUCAUUUCAAAACUGGGCUUUUCGGCAGGGCACAAGUUAUCCAUUAUACAAUGAAUUUGUUGGUUUGUUAUGCCCAUUCUUUGUCUGAGGUACGCGCGACUCUUUGGAAAAUUGAUUCGAAUUUAGCAUGGAUCCAAAGGCUUAUACUCGAUGAUCCGGAACCAGCCGUUCGCCGCGAAGCAUGUGCCGCACUGUAUCGUAUGUGUUUGGGCAAUGGUCAAACUUACUACGAACUAAUGGUACCGCUGCUGUCGAAAUUGGUAUCAAUCUUACCUUUGGCUGAGAAAAUGCGGCCACAGCAUCCUACCUAUCAUCUGUCGCCGGACGAAGGUAAAGAACCGUAUGGCCCAGCGUGCCGGGAUUAUUUUUGGCUUUUGUGCAGAUUAGUUGAUUCCAUUUCACCCGAUUUAGUUCGAGAAUGUGGAGGAGAAUUUUCUCGUAAACCAUCGUCCUCUGGCGCCAUAGGAAUUGAAUCCAUGUGUCGACAAGUUUCCAAAAGCGUUCUCGAUCGUGAUUACCUAGAAAGUCGACACGGCAGCCCAGAUGAUGCCCUUUUCGGCUUGCUGAAUUUAAUGACCAAUCUGAUAAAAUUCGAUCCCCAGUACAAGUACAGUGAAGAAGGCCAAGAUUUGAUAGAAAAAAUGUUUCAAGCUCUGUUUGAACUUCCUUCUUCCGAAGAUCGAGACAAGCCAAAAUGCAAAAGUCAUGGUGCUCGUGCUGCAGCCUAUGAUCUGUUGGUUGAGCUGUGUAGGAAUGCACCGAAAAAUUACCUUCUUCUUCAUGGUAAGUUGAUGUUACAACACCGAGCUGGCCCCCAUUCACCCUAUCCAUGGGAUUAUUGGCCACGAGAUGAAGGACGCUCGGAGUGUGGCUACGUAGGGCUCACUAAUCUAGGUGCCACAUGUUACAUGGCAUCAUGCAUUCAGCAUCUUUUCAUGACACCGCAAACCCGGGACGCUAUACUGUCAAUCUCGACUGAAGCGCCCCAAAAACAUAAAGCCACCCUAUAUGAGCUACAGCGAAUGUUUGCCUACCUGAUGGAAUCCGAACGGAAGGCCUACUGUCCAAGAUCAUUCUGUAGAGUGUACCAAAUGGAUCACCAACCCCUUAACACUGGAGAACAAAAGGACAUGGCGGAGUUCUUCAUCGAUUUGGUUUCCAAACUGGAAGAGAUGACCCCAGAGCUGAAAACGUUGGUCAAGCGAGUCUUUUGUGGAGUCAUCAGCAACAAUGUUGUGUCUUUAGAUUGCGGCCAUGUCAGCCGGACUCUUGAGGAGUUUUAUACGGUUCGCUGUCAGGUGGCGGAUAUGAGAAAUUUGCAUGAAUCGUUGGAUGAAGUCACUGUGAAGGAUACUUUAGAAGGGGACAAUAUGUAUACCUGUUCUCAGUGUGGUAAAAAAGUACGAGCAGAAAAGCGGGCAUGUUUCAAAAAGCUGCCGCAAAUUUUGUGUUUCAACACUAUGCGCUACACCUUUAACAUGGUGACCAUGUUGAAGGAAAAGGUUAACACUCACUUCAGUUUCCCUAUGCGGUUGGAUAUGUCUCGUUAUGUGGAGAAAACACUCAUGCCUCAUCAUUACCAGGAAGAGAAAAGAAAAUCAGAGCUAAGAAGAUCGGCUUCUAGGAACGUUAGUGAAUCUAGCGGAAGCGAUGGAACGGGAAUAAACUUUGUCGGUGAUGAUAAGAAAGACGACAAGGUAAGCUCAAGUGACGGACAAGUUGGUCAGGCGACAAGUACUAGUAGAAAUGAAGCAGCGGAAAAAGCUGAAUUGCAGCGCCAACAGCAAACUAUGGACGAAGAAGAUUCUGAAGAUUUUAAUGAACAUUAUGAAUAUGAUUUAGUGGGAGUUACAGUUCACACGGGAAAUGCAGACGGUGGCCAUUAUUAUAGCUUCAUAAAGGAACGUAACGAAGAUAGUAACCCGAAUUAUCAAGAAAGGUGGUUCUUGUUUAACGACGCCGAAGUUAAACUAUUCGAUCCUUCACAAAUCGCUGCAGAAUGCUUCGGUGGAGAAAUGACUAGUAAAACCUAUGAUUCUGUGACUGAGAAGUAUCUUGAUUUUAGUUUCGAAAAAACAAACUCAGCCUAUAUGCUGUUCUACGAGUGGCGAUCUAAUAAAGGAACCAAUAUACAACGAGAUCAAGUAGACCAGCAGGUGAAAAAACCGUCAACGUGUACAUCCGCGUCAUCAUCAGCUGUGUCUUCCAAUUCCCAAACAUCGAUUCCAUCUACUGUGGCAACGGAUAAAAGCCCCGAUCCUCCGGUAGCUUCAUCGUCUGUUGCUAACUACAGUGAAGGAAGUAGUAGCACUGGUGUGAGUAGCGGCAGCAGUACUAGUUUCGAUAGCACCAUGUCAAUGAGUGGAAACAUCAAAGAAAACGAGCACGAAUCUUCGGAAUCAGAGGUUGUAACUAAAAGCACCGUCCUUCCUUCUCCAUCGAAGCCAUCAUCCAUCAAGGACGAGGAGCAGACUGAAAAAAUAAUUCAAAAGCAUACAUGUAGCGAAGCAUCAUUGGUUAUGGAUAAUCUAAGUAAUCUAAGUAAAUGUGAUAUAGAAGUUAAGUCUAGCAUUAGAAGCAGUACUAUUUCUGCCGCAGUUCAUCCAUCACUAGUGUCCACCGUGUCGUCAACAUCCAGCGUUCCGUCACCGUUGGCCGCACUACAGGCCACCUCUCUGAGCAUUUUACCGCCGUCUGGUCCACUACUGGGACCUUCAAUGCUCCCAUCACCGUCUUCAUCAUAUUCUUCUAUAUCUUCACUAUCUGCACUCACUGCAACUGCCGGGGGGAAUGUCGGCAUACCGCUGAGUGCCAUUGUUCAACAGCCAACGAUCUCCAGCGCUGCUCUUCAGCCAUGCUCAUCAUCCACAUCCUCAUCUUCCACUGCGGGUUCCUCGUUAACCAUUAUGACACACGGUCUGGUUGGCCGCAUAGGGCCGCCACCAAAACGGAAGCGUAAACUUCUUAGCAUAGAAUUAGAAGAGUGGAUCUGGCAGGACAAUCGGCAUUUUUUGCAAGAUCGAAACAUUUUCGAGCAUACCUAUUUUAACUUCAUGUGGCAAAUUUGUGGUCAUAUUCCGCAAACUUUACUUGCUCUGCCAGAUAUAACGUGCAUCGCAGCCCAGCUAUCAGUAUCAUUUUUCAUUGAAACUUUCAUCCAUGCGAAAGAAAAGCCAACAAUGGUUCUUUGGGUAGAGUUGUUAACCAAACAGUUCAAUGCGAGCCAGGAAGCAUGUGAAUGGUUUCUGAGUCACAUGUCUGCUGAACCCUGGUGGCCCGUACAAGUGUUAAUUCAAUGUCCCAACCAAAUGGUUCGUCAAAUGUUCCAACGGCUGGUCAUCCAUGUCAUUCAACGGUUAAGGCAAAACCAUUGUUCGCUGUAUUUGAAGGUGGAGCCGGAUGAUGACGACAAUGAAAUCAUCGGUAAUGUUUCAUGUGUAACUCGUUUUAUAAAAUCGUUAAUUAUGUUGAUGGAGCAUGGAGCACGAGCUCACUUGAGACAUCUGUCAGAGUUCUUUGGGCUUUUGUACGAGUUUUCGCGAAUGGGUGAAGAAGAAGCACUUUUCCUUUUGCGAAUCAACGUGAUACGAAGCGUGGCUGAUUUCUAUCUGGGACAUAAAGCAGCUCAGGAUUGUGUUGAGACAACUUCCGAUAACGACGAUAACUCGUCCGAUGAGGCCCUGACAGUGGACAAAAGCCGCCCAGCGUCGCUGGAUAAGAUGAUUGCACUAGUUGCAUCAUUAGUAGAACGUUCUCGUGGGCCCGACUUAAGGUUACAUUUGUCAGCUCGCGAUUACAAUGCAAUUGCUGGUGGCAAAGGAUUCCCAUUCCUGUACCAGCAAAUCAAGGAUAACAUUAACCCACAUCAAACGCGUCACUUGAUCCAUGCUCUUUGUCGAUGUGACGAGCGAUUAGCUGGACAAAUCAUUGCGAUGCUGUUUACGGCUGUCACCAAGCAUACCGAACUGUGUGGACCUUUCUUCAAACUAUUAACGCUUCUUACGGAAUCGACUGGAGGACCAUCGGGUCUGCCAUGCUUUUCACAACUGGUACUGCAAAGGGUAUGGGAUGCAGCGGAAUAUUGUCCACAAUCAGCAUUAGACUGGUUGGCAGUGCAAGCGCCUCGAAACAAAAUAGCGCACACGUGGAUAUUGCAAUCUGCAGAAAAUUGGGUUGAAACAUUCCUGCUAGCUCAUAACAAUGCGAGAGUAAGGAACGCUGCGGCCUAUUUGCUUGUAUCGUUAGUUCCUUCUCAGAAUUUUCGGACCAACUUCAGAGCCACCUCACAUCACAAACUCAACUUGCAUUCCCAACAGCGCGAAAUAUCUUGCGAGGCGCAGCUUAUUUUGCACACCAUUCUGAAUCUCCUGCUACGGUUACUACGGUCUGCUCGAAACUAUACCGAUAUAAGCAUCCAUGGCACAACGAAACUGACAGCAUACUUUAAUCUUAUGACAUAUUGUUUGGUAUCGAAGGCAGAAAAGUUAAUGCUUGGUCCUCACCUGCGAGCUUUAUGGGAACUUUUCCAUCCUCGAUUGUCGGAGCCAUCCGUGCCGGCUCAUCACAACAAGCAAGCGCUAUUGGCAUUCUGGUACCAAGCGACAAUAGAGUGUCCGGAGAAUGCGUUAUUGGUUGCAAACUGUCCGGACAUAACCAGAAAUAUUGCUUUCAAUUACAUAUUGGCCGACCACGAUGAUUCAGAAAUUGUAACCUAUAAUCGAGCAAUGUUACCCGUAUAUUACGGGCUGUUACGUAUGUGUUGUCAGCAAAGCAGACAACUGACCCGCCAGUUAGCUGCUCAUCAAAACUUGCAAUGGGCGUUCAAGAACAUCACGCCUCACCCAACGCAGUACCCAUUAGCUGUCGAUGAACUAUUCCGUUUGAUGACAUUGUUCGCACAACGGCAUGCCGAUGCUACCGAAGUGGAACAGAGGGAAGUGACUGUGUUCCGCAGAACAACACUUACAGCUUACUUGAAUGGUUUGGAUGCUCGGGUGUCUUGGGGAACACUAAUAGCAGCUCUUCGGAUUUUGGUUGAUAAUGACGAUGAUCGCUUGUUUGUGGUUUUGAAUGGUGGAAUAACGCUGUGUUUUGAUGCACUACAUACGUUACAUGCUAUGUACCACGAAGCUACGGCCUGUCAUGUUUUUGGUGAUCUACAGGAACUGUUAACAGAAGUUAUUUUGCUUAUCAGUACUCUUCGAACUAGCUGUCGAGAGCAGAAAAAACGACCACCGCCAGCAUUGAUGAAAGGACUUCCGGAUGCUGUGCGACGAUUGGCCACCUUGUUGAAUACUUUCAAUCCACCGGAAAUGCGCAACAUUGCUCUUGAAGUGCUCAAAGAGCUGGUUAAAUGUGCACCUCCAGAGAUAAUUAGCACAGUGCUAGUACCGUUACUUACACACUGCCACACACAAAACGUAUCGCACACUAUGGGUCCACUAGGAUCGUAUUUCCCGCGGCGUGGGAUGAAGGUUACUUGGCCACCUGUGUCCAAGAACACUCCGCGUCCACCGCGUCCCAUGGUCCAGAUGAACAUUCCGCAGUCACAAAUUUGUGAAAAGGGUCUCGAUAAGGAUUUCGAUUUAGCCCUAGAGUUGUUCUAUCGACCAUACCACGAAUUUCUGGAUAUCAUGUUCCGAGUAGCCGUCACUUCAAAUCUCUUCAACGAACCCUUGGUCCACCUUUCAUUACUCACAGGAAUUGAAUCAGUAGUGCUGCAUUUCAACAUAUUCGCCAAGUUUUGGGUUGGCAUUUUCAACAACAAAACAACAAACAAGUAUUCUGAGAUGCUUAUAAAAAAUUCGCUUCUGGUGGACUAUAUCGAUGAUAUUCUGAGAGACGAAAGACUUUCGCUGAACGAUCCUGUGAUUGCAAAUUUUAUUGAAAUUUAUUACCCCAAGAUUAAAUCUCAUUUGGUAGUACCGAGGCUAUUGGAAUCCAUCUGUCAGUUGUUGCCGGAAAAGAGUAAUCUAGAGGAUAUAUGUGGUGACCUGCAAGCCAUUCGGAUCAUAGGACAACGAACGGGAAUUCCUAGUUCGGUGAAGGUGCUCUUACAAAACUCGUUACAUGCUGUAUUGCUCAAGUUUAAAGACGAAAUUCACAGUGAUGAAGAAUCACCACCGAAGCGUCGUAAAAUGACCAGCUGUGCUACCAGUACUGCAGCCGCAACGGAUCAUGGACAGACAAUAGAUUCAGAACGAGACAUUAAAAAGGAAGAUUGUAAGGAUAGUGAAUCAUUACACCGGGAAGCGGAAGGUCAUGCAGAGGUUUUUGACGAUAUAAAUAAAUGUAACUCAAAAGAUGACCACGAAAAGAGAGGUAACGAUGUUUCGAAAGCAACAGAAGCCUCUCAAGUGGAAGAAACACAACUCACUCCACCGUUUAAAACGCUCUCAGACACCCAAAGCUCAACAACAACGAAAAUGGCGGUGGAAAAAAUGGAGCAGGACUUGACAUCGGACGAACAUCCUUGCACAAGUGAUCAGAAAUGUGAAACAAAUCAACCCAAUGAUGUAGAACCCAGUGGGAGUAAUAACUCAACUAGUAGUAGUGGUAGCAAUAGUAGUAAUAGUAGUACCAGUAGUGGCAAAAGUAACAAUGGCAACGAAGCACCAGAUACGGAGCAAGUAAUCAAAUCGACCCAGAAACUGGAUUCAACAGAACAACAACAGUACCACCGAAACCUUAUUAAAGAUAUUGAAAGUCAUAUCGAAUUGAUUUUCGAGUGUUUGGAUGAUGAAGAUGGGGAUGUGGAAAACAAGACUGAUGGUGCCGAUACAAGUUUGACCGUGCGGCGUAUCAAUGUUUUGUCCGAUGAAACUACCGCCGCAACAGAAAAAGAUUCUAACUCGGACUCUAAAUCCGAAUCGGAAAAGGGUUGUCCCAGUCCUAAUAAAAUCCGGCGGAGAAAUCCUUCAGGGGAAGAUGGACUGAAACAGUCUUUGAUGCAGAAGGCCGAUGAUGAUGACGAUCCAGAGCAUUCCCAAACGCUAAAAGAGGGUGGCCACAAUGAUGACGGUAAGACAAAAAGCGAUACGUAAGUAUUAACUAAAUUGUGGCAAAACAAAAAAGGCUAAUAGAAGAGGUAUAAAGAUUACAUAGAGCACGCUGUAAAGAAAGCAAAAUUUCGGCAAACCAAAAUUGUGAUGUUUUAAAGUUAGAAUUAUUCGCAACCAAAAAUACAAAAGCUCAUUGUUUGAGAAACACAUGAUGGCGCCCAGGGUAGAAAGAAUGUUUUAUUUCUUUCAUUCUUUUUUUUAAUAAUUUAUAUUUCGC